GACUGCAUGCUUUAUAUCCAGCUUAGUACUUUUUUGUAAAAUCUCUUCAUCAUUGGAGAGAUAUAAUAUGAAUAUAGAAGCAUAUGAACUAUAUGCUCCAUUGACUAGAAAAGAUCGGUAUAAGUAUUUUAAAUUUAUAAUAAUAGAGGGAUUUUUCUUGUUGUGUACAAUGUUACCGAUAAAAUUAGUGUGGAUGUCUUUGAUGUACAAAAAGAAAGAUAGCUAUUUCAAGCUUAUAUUUUUCGUUUUGAUAUACUUUGAAAACUUGAUUAUGGCUAUCAUUGAAUGGUAUUUCGUUAUGAAAUGUUGGAAAUUAAAAUUAAUGUUUCAUAAAAUUAACAAAAACUUGAAAGAAUUAAUGGGUAUAUACUCAAACGAUUUUCGGCCAAAAGACAAUGUGUACAACAAAAACAAAAUUAAAACCAAUUGGUGCACACGUGUAUGGCGACACCCAUCAUCCGUAAAAGUUUCUAGUAAAUGUAUCUAUAUAGAAUCGGAAGAUAUGGCGAAAAUUGUCGAAAAAUUGAGAAUCAGGCACCAACUUACUCGUGAAGCUGUAAGCAGUUUGAUUGAUUUAUUCAAUAUACCUUUGUGCUUGUCUUUAUGUGCACUGAGCAUAAAGACUUUAUUCGAUAUAUACUACGAAGUUUUUAAACUGCGAACUUUAGUUUAUGAAUUCAAAAUUUAUAUCUACUUAUGGCUAUUGCAAUACUCAUACAGAUUUUAUAUGAUAGUUAUGACUACCGACACAACAAUGAAGCAGGCGAACAAAUCAAAAAUGCUUAUUACAAAUUUAAACAAUCGUUACUUGAAUUCAAGUGUAAAAGAAGAACUUCAACUCUUUUUUGAUCAAUUAAACAACACGACAAUGGAAAUAAACGCAUGUGAUAUUAUUCCUUUAAAUAACAACCUAAUAACUUCUGCGAUUGCUGCAGGAACCACUUACUUGGUGUUAUUGUUACAAUUUAACUAAAACGACGCAAAGUAUUCAAUAUUACGCAUCAAUAAUUUUUUUUUAUAGGUAAAUAACUUGAGUUUCAAUUUCAAUAUUGUUAAAUUACAUAAAAUAGGGGUAAGUACACA